AUGGAAAGCCUAGAAAAAUUUAAAGGCAGUAAAACUUCUGUUACAAGUCCCCUUGAUUUACUGCCGGACGAAAUUUGGUUAAGAAUUUUUAUUGAACUUCCCGUGUCUACCCUUUGUCGGUGUCGUACGGUUUCCAAAAAAUGUUAUUCUAUUUCGUUGGAUGAAACGAUAUGGCAACAUCAUAGCGCGGAGUUUUUCGAGCCAGGGCCACUUCCGCCCAGAACCAAGUCUUCGGCAAAUAGUUGGGAAAAAUUCUAUCGAAUUCAAAGAAACUGGAAUCGAGGGACUGCCACCAAAGUUUCAAGCUUUAAAGCACACAACAAUAAUGUGACUGCCUUAAAAUUACGUGGGAAUAUAUUAGUUACUGGUUCAAGUGAAUACCGUCUCAAAGUUUGGAACAUCAAAACUGGUAAACCUGAUCUUACUAUUGAUUUUGGUGCUGAUAUUUCAUGUGUUGAUUUUCUUGAAGAUAUGGAUGUUAUCGCUUGCGGCUCAUAUUACGGUGAUUUUGGAUGUAAAUUAUUUUCUCUUUCAAAAGGUGAAUGCCUUGGCCGAUUUAUUGAGGAUCAUUGGAUAGGAACUCAGUGUAUGGCCAUGAACAAAGAAUAUAUAGUAUUAGGCACUUGUAAAGGUGUAAUACAUGUUCUAUCAUGGGCUGAUGGUAGAAGAGUUGCCUUGUUUCAUAAUCAUCCUAAAGCGGUUGCCGGUGUCCGGCUUCUUGGUCGCAAUACACUCCUUUCUGUUUCAACAAAUGGUACAAUUGAUGUGUUUGAUAUUGCUAUGAAUGAACUCCUUCACCAAUACACUCUUCCAAGCACAUCGAUUAGUACUUGCGCAUUUGAUUAUCAAGGUGAAGGUCGCGAUCUUUUAUGUAUUGCUCCUUCUGGUUCUAUUUUUCACUUAAGAUGGACAGCGGUGUAUUGCAACUCGAAACCAUCACAAUGUUCAGAAAUUGAGGAGGAUAAAAAAUAUCGUUAUAUUUUUUCUCAAGAUCCUGAAGUUCAUUACAAAAACGAAAAGAUUUCGUACCGUACGCUCUGCGCAGGAAUGGAUGCUAAAUACAAUCAUGGCGUGAUUGGUUCACUUGUUUCUUAUCCGCCUAGGAGUCAUCUUCUUGUUUACAAUUCCCUUAAAGGAUUGAGCAGCAAGGAUGGAAUAUGCGGCCCAAACUCUUUAAACGCGGAGAAUGGUACAUUAGAUUUUACGCCUGAUACUGACAGUCCCGUGUUUAACAUUUUAGGAAUCGAUGAUGAAAGAGUUGUAGCUGGCUGUUCAAGGGGUUUUAUAUAUUGUUUCGAGUUUGGUUUCAAUGAUUCUAAGGAAUUUCCUAGGUUUCGCACCCCUGCAUUAUAG